AUGGCAUUUCUUACUCUGAAGAGUCACAAAUAAGGUGGAGCUUGGGAUGUGUAUAUAAUAUCUCACUAGCUCUUUGGCAGCAGUCAUUUUCUUUAAUCAAAAAAGAAGUAAGUUAGAACUUACUUAACACAGCAGAGUACUUGGAUUCCUGCCCAUCUCUACUGCCUAUCAUUUAUGCAAUGGACAUUAUAAUGCCUAAGGUUGAAACCUUUCCAUUCUACCUGCUCUCUGUGAAGGUCAUCCAGGCUCGACACAUACCUUCAAGAGACCUAUGGACUUCUUCUGAUUGUUACGUGAGCCUUCGGCUGCCAUCAGCUUCAAAUAAACAAAUGAUGACGAAAGUCAUCUCAAACGCCGGUAAUCCUGUUUGGAAUGAAAGCUUCCAUUUCUUUAUCCAAACUGAGGUCAAGAAUGUGCUGGAACUGAAGCUCUACGAUGAAGAUGUGGUCAGCAAAGAUGAUCUCAUCUUCAUGGUUGCCUACGAUAUAGCUAAAGUGAAAGCUGGGGAAACUAUUUGUGAAGACUUACCUUUGAACCGUCAGGGACCAGAGAGCCUUGAAGUAGAAUUCAAGAUGGAGAGCAUAUGUGGUGGCUUUGAGAGCAUUGCUACUAAUGGGAUCCUUACGGCCCGUGAGGUUUCACGUUUAGAAGUUAAGAUGGACAAAUGGAAGAACGAGGAGUGUUUGAAAAACAAUAAAAAUAUUGAACUUGUGGUGAAGGAAUCCUUUGAAGAAGCACAGGCGAUCACCCAGGAGUCAGAAAGCUUCACAUUUCACUGUGUGAAGAACUGGGAGCCAAAACUGGAGGCCAAUGUGAAGAGUAAUUCCUUUGUGGGGAAACGGCUUGGAAACGCUGCUACUGAUUGUCCAGGUGUGUUGCUGAAAUCCCUCCCUGCAGGAGAGGAAACAAAAGUAGCCUUGCCUUUAUCAAAGGAUGCAGAAUUGGAGCUGCAGCUCCAGGUCAAUGACUGUUUAGGAGAUUUAGAUGUGCGUUUGGGAUGUGAUCUCUGUGGGGCUGAGCAGGACUUCCUGUCUAAGCGCAAGAAUGUGGUUGCCAGUGCUCUAAAAAAGGUUCUUCUGCUGGAGCAGGAGCUGCAAGGACAUGAGGUCCCAGUGAUAGCUGUCAUGGCAACAGGAGGAGGAGCCAGGGCAAUGUCAGCUUUCUAUGGACACCUCUCUGCCCUUCAGAAGCUGAAUCUUCUAGACUGCGUGACAUACCUCUCUGGAGCUUCUGGCGCAACAUGGACAAUGAGAAGUUUGUAUGAAGAUGCUGACUGGUCUCAAAAGGACCUGAUGGGUCCAAUCCACAGAGCAAAGGAAUAUAUUGCUAGGAGCAAGUCAAGUGCUUUCUCCUUGGAGGCCCUACAGCGCUAUGACGUGGAGCUAAGGCAGAGGGCUCGAGAGGGGCACUCGGUUUAUUUUACUGAUGUGUGGUCCCUUAUAAUUGACCGCAUGUUCCACGACGAGCAAAGUGAUAGCAAACUUUCUAGUCAGCAGCAGGCUGUGACUCAGGGGCAGAAUCCGUUGCCUAUCUACCUGGCCCUCAAUGUCAAGAAGGACACCCAGAGCACUUGUGAAUUUAAAGAAUGGUGUGAAUUCUCCCCAUAUGAGGUUGGAUUUUCUAAGUACGGGGCCUUCAUUUGCCCAGAGGAUUUUGGAAGCGACUUCUUCAUGGGACGACUAAUAAACAAGAGACCAGAAUCUCGGAUCUGCUAUUUGGAAGGCAUUUGGAGUAACAUAUUUUCCUUGAAUUUGAAAGAUGUUCACCACUUAUACAAAUCCUGGCAGUGGCCUUUCCCAGACCAAGAAAAGGAUGAAGAUAAAGGCAACAGGGCUUCUAUAAAUCAGCUCUCUCUAUGUCACACAGCUUGUUUCAUUCCACCAAUGGACAGAUCCAGCAUCUUCAAUGGAAUUCUGACCAGUCGGCCAAUAGGAGAAAAGAAACCUAACUUUCUGAGAGGUCUCCAGCUGCACAAAGACUAUUACCAUCAUAAAACAUUCUCCAUGUGGCAAGACAGUAAAUUGGACCAGUGCCCCAACUCUCUUACACCUCAGGAAAAAGAGCUAUUCUUGGUUGAUGCUGGAUAUUUCAUCAAUACCAGUUGCCCUCCAUUGAUAAGAAAGGAAAGGAAUGUUGAUGUUAUCUUAUCACUUGACUACAACCUGUUGGAGACCAGGUUUAAUUCUAUAGAACAGAUGGGCAAAUACUGUUUGGACCAGGAUAUCCCUUUUCCUGAAAUUGCACUGACUGAAGAAGACAGGGAGAAUCCAAAGGAAUGCUACAUUUUUGAGGACAAAGAGAACCCAGAAGCUCCAAUCAUACUUCACUUCCCACUAGUGAACAACUCUUUUGGGAAGUAUGAAAAACCUGGAAUUAGGCGAACUUCUGCAGACACGGCUAAGGGAGAGGUGGAUUUUACUAGUUUAAACUCGCCAUACAGAAUGACAAAUUUGACUUACACUGAGGAGGAAUUCAACAAACUUAUAAACCUGAGUGACUAUAACAUUCAAAAUAACAGGGAACUGAUUUUGCAAGCUCUGCAGACAGCAGUAGAAAGGAGAAAAGCCAGCAGGAAGCAAAAACAACUACAAUCAACAUGAAUCAAAUCAGGUGGGAUUUUUCAAUUCAGUCCCCAUUUUCAGUGAAUGGUGAACCUUCAUUGCUUUUCCUGUGGCCUUUCACAAUUUGAGAUGUAUAUUAUCAGGACCCGCCCUAAUUCUGUGAUUGUAAGCAGUUUUAAACUGCUUUUAAUAUUGUAUUACCAAUUGUUGGUGAUCUCAGGGUGAAGGGUGGGCAAGAAAUUAAAAUAACAACAGCAACAAAAUAAAAAUUGCAUCAUUAUUCUUAUUCUGAACUUUGAUGGGGACAUGGGGCACCCACACAUAUGUGCUUGUCUUUUGAAGUGU